CAGCCUCUAUCAGACGGAAAGCGGUCAACACGGUCACUCCCGCCUCAGAGGGAGAGUGAGGUUGUAGGCUGCACCUUAAUCUCUGUGUAUGUUUUUUUAAAAUUCAAAAAUGUACUGAUCCGGUACAGCGGAGUACUUUCCUUCAUCGAAGAACAUAAAACCGUCGAGAGCUUAAGGGAAAAUGUUGAGGGCUUCAUGGAAAGUAGCUCCGCCGUUGAAGAAGUGCCUUUGUGGUAAAUCACAGCUCCAUUCUUUGCGACAAUGCCGUGGGUACACAUCUGGGAGUAGUACUGGAACCUCAGCAGGCAAAAUAGUGGGAGGAAGUAUCUUGUUUGUUGGAGGUGGCCUGGGUGGCACUAUAUUGUAUGCAAAGUGGGAUCCCAAAUUUCGAGAGAAUAUAGAGAAAACCGUCCCGUACUCCGAUAAAGUGUUUGAAUUAGCUCUUGGUCCUGCACCAUAUAACCUACCCCUUUCAAAGAAACAGGACACAAAAACAUUGUCAGUAUCGACGUCCUCUGAAGUAUUGAAAGGAUCCAAACUGCCGAAAUCCGUGCCAGAUAAAGAAGCUUCAGCUGUUGAAGAGAUCAUCGGAGAAGCUUCUUCUAAAGAUGCAGCUGCAAUUAUUUCUGCUGUUGGUGAUGCUCCAACAGUCCCUGCUCCUGGGGUCCAAGUUGAAAUGGAAGAAAAACAUGACGCAAGUCGUGAAAGCUGUAGUUGUGAAAACGAAGCCGUACAGGGCCAGCACAUCGCAGUAGAAGAACACCCACCUCAGGAAGUUGCAAAACACCUAGCUCAGCAAGAUAGAGAGGAAAACAUCAAAGUUGUUGGUGAAAGCUGUAGUUGUGAAAACGAAGCCGUACAGGGCCAGCACAUCGCAGUAGAAGAACACCCACCUCAGGAAGUUGCAAAACACCUAGCUCAGCAAGAUAGAGAGGAAAACAUCAAAGUUGUUGAAAUAACAUCAACUUUGGAGGAUGCUCUUGGUAGAAGUGCUCAAGUCACACUCAAGGCAAUUGAAGCUCAGGAUUCAGCCAUAGAAGCCAUUACCUUGCAUGCCCAGAGGUUAAAGGAAGCCAUGGAUGAUUCUGAGAAUACUGCAGAUCGAAAGUCGGAACAAUGGCGAGCCUUGGAAAAUGCUUUGAGCAUCCGCAGCAAGGUUGUAAACCAAGCCAGUGAAGCAAUGAUGAAAGCCAAAGAAGAAUUAGACAACCUUCGAAGUACAAUUGAAGAAGCUAAACAGAGUGAGAUCUCUUCUGUUCGACCACAGCUCCUGGCUGCAGAAGAGAAUCUCAACCAUAUGUUGGUGGAUCUGGAUCAUAUAGAAAGAAAGGUACAGGCAGCUCAAUCAGAAGCCAAAAUAGUUGUUCAGUACAGUGAACUGGUAGCUAUGGCCAGGGAUGAAUUCAGGAAGGAACUAGAGAGCAUCACUCCAGAUGUAAAGUUUGGGUGGAAAAACCUGAAGGUGUCUGAUCUAGCUGGCCAGCUGAGCACUGAUGACCUCAACUCAUUGAUUGCCCAUGCCCAUCGUCGUAUUGACCAGUUGAACAGAGAGUUGGCAGAACAGCAUGUGCGGGAACAGCAGCACAUUGAAAAGGCUCUUGAGCAUCAGAAGCUAGAGCACAAGAAAACUUUGGAUGUAGCAGUGGCAAAAGCCUUGGAGCAUUAUCAAACAGGAAUACUUCUUGAAAGGGACAAAAAGGCAGAGGAAGUACGUGAAGUGAUGGAGGCAGAGUUGCGAACUCAACUACGCAGGCAAGCUGCUGCUCACACAGAUCACCUGAGGGAGGUACUGAAGAUUCAGGAACAGGAAGUCAAAGGAAAAUAUCAGGAGGAAUUGCAACAAAAACUAUCUGAAUAUGACAUUGAAUUCAGACGCUUGUCUCAGGAACAACUGGACAAUUUUACAAGAGACAUGAAUGCAGCUUAUUCUCGGUUGAAGGGUAUUGAACAAGCAAUGGAGAGUCAUGCAAUCGCGGAAGAGGAGGCGAGAAAGGCACAUCAACUCUGGCUCUCAAUAGAAGCUCUGCAGUACACCCUAAAGACAGCCUCUGGUGAUAGCCUGACAGAACCUCUUCAGAAAGCCCUAGAAGCUGUGACAAAUAGCUGUGGAGAUGAUAAAUUUACACAAGCCUUGGUCAAAGCUCUUCCUCAAGAGUGUCUCUCGCGUGGUGUGUACAGUGAAGAGACAUUACGUCAUCGGUUCUACACAGUGCGGAAAAUGGCACGGCGUGUGGCCAUGAUAGAUGAAACAAGAAAUAGCCUCUAUCAAUAUUUCCUCUCCUACCUGCAGUCCUUUCUAUUAAUGGAGCCUCAAGUAAUAAAGCCUCCUGAGGAACUUAAACCUGAAGACCUGGAUACAUUUAGACUGUUAGCGUAUGCUUCAUUCUGCAUUGAACAUGGUGACCUUGAGCUCGCAGCUAAAUUUGUCAAUCAACUUCGUGGAGAACCAAGAAGGGUGGCACGGGACUGGCUGACAGAAGCUCGUGUGACUCUCGAAACAAAGCAAGUGGUUGAAAUCCUUUCAGCUUAUGCCAAUGCAGUCGGUUUGGGUACCACUCAGGUUGAAUGAUUCAGCAGAAAGCAGUUGUUAUCACAGCAGAAAAAUGGAGUCCAACCCUGCCUCCAGACUUCCGUCACUCUUGAACAUUCCCAAUCUUCAUUGCUCAACAUCAGUGUCCAUUCGUUCAGCUUCAGUUGACAAGGUCCGAGGUUCUGGAAUUCUCUCCCUAAAUAUGUCCCUUGUCUCUCUGACUGUCUUUUCUCUGAGAUGCUCUAUACAUUUGGCUAUCUGGUCCAAUAUUCUUAAGUGGCUCAGUAUUAAAUUUUUUAAAGGCUUCUUACAUGUACCCUUGCCACAUAUUAUUAUGCUCAAUAGUGUUUCACAAGAAUCUGUUAUGGCCUCAAUUAUUCACAUUAUUCAGUAACAAUUUGGACAACAGCAGAAAAGGUUAUCUCAAAAUUUGCUGAUUACUCAAAAGUUAGACUGCAUCUGCAGAUGACAGCAUUAAAUUACAAAGGACUGAGAGAAUGAGCAAAACUGUGGCCAAUGGAGUUCAGUGCAAACAAGUGUGAGAUUAUCUAUUUUGGAUCAGGGUACUUUCUAGAUAAGUGAAAUACAGUGGAUGUCUAAAGGGAUUUGGGGAUUCUAUGUUUAAAUGUAAUUAAUGAGUAGAAAAUAAUUGAAAGUUACUUGAAUUUUGGCCUUUAUAUCUUGAUGACUGGAGUACAAGAAUACAGAAUCGAAGAGAGUGGUGCUGGAAAAGCAUAGCCGGUCAGGCAGCAUCUGAGGAGCAGGAGAAUAGAUGUUUUGAGCACAAGCUCUUAGUCAGGAAUGAGGGGGUGGCCUAAGGGGGCUGAGAGAUAAAUGGGAGGGGAAGGUAGCUGACAAUUUGAUAGGGAGAUGAAGUAGGGGGUGAAGGUGAUAGGUCAGAGAGGAGGUUGGAGCUGAUAGAUAGGAAGGAAACCCUCCCUCCACCUUAUCACAGAUCCAGCCUUCCAAAACCAUCUGGACGCCUGGUGGAAGAACAUCUCAUGUUCCACAUUGGGACCCUCUAACCACAUGAGAUUAAUGUGGAUUUCACCAGUUUCCUCAUUUCCCUCCCAUCCCCCCC